AUGGCCUCGCGUAUAGUCCCCAACAUUCUAGAUCCGCUCAGUUCGUCCGCGUUGAACAAACUUCAAGAACCGACCCCUCCACCCAUAAAGAAGCGCAAAAGAGACGACCAAGAGCUAAACGAUGCUGCUGGACAGCUUGCUACCUCUUCCAUCGUCAUAAGAGCUCACUCGGCGUCUUUAUCCGAUGAACCCUUAAUCCUCGAACCAAUUACCGCCCUCCCUCGUACAAGACUACCUCUUUCAUGGCUGGACGACACUCCCGCCUCCAGAUCCGAUGAGCAGCCAGGCGGUCUUUUCACCGCGGACAUCCCCACGCUGGAAGUCGACCUGCGCGCUAAGGCGGAACCAACUGUUCUCAUUGUGCGCCUGAUACCCAAUGGCGGGCUCUACGUUGUUGAGAGGGUGAAGAGGGGCAUAUACUCGCUCUCCAAGCUCGCCCGAUGGGUACACGAAGGUAAUCUCUUAGUUGCGGCCAAGGGGUGGCAUCCAACUGAUGUGGCGGAGGGGGAUGGCAUGUCCGUUGAUGAGACCGCUGCUAUUCCCGAUGGGCUUGACUGGUGGCAGGUGGCCCAGAUCGAUGAACCCCUCUCCGACGUUGAGGCGGGCGAAAAGUCUGCUGGGCUGGACAUUGCGGUUGUCUUUGGUCCGUCUGAGUCUGAGGUCGGGAAUACAGAGGCAUCUUUUGUUGGUGUUGUAGAGCACCGGAGUCAUUCGCUUGCUCCGUCGAGAAGCUUUGAUGCCGCUGAUGGUUCCUCCUUACUUCCUGAAUCUCAGGGCUUAGAGGAAAUCACCACGGCUAUGGAUGUUGAUUGUGUUGAGUCUAAUGUCGUGGAUGUGCAACAGUCGCCCGAGGAGUUGUUGGACGGGAUGAGAGACCACUAUCUACAGGCUCUCUACGUUUCAAAGACCUCUGUAGCAUAUUUUGCGAAGGGCCCGUUGACACGCUGCCGGACUGCUUUCCAGGCCCGUGACUCGGAACAGCCUCAUAACUCGACGGAGCUGAUUGAGUUCUAUCGUGAAGCUAUCCUCGCUACAAAGAAAAUGGACCUCAAAUACAGAGAAACAUUGCCAUCGGUAGUUCGCGAUGCAGCUCUUGCGCUUUCUGAUGAUGGCGCGAAAUCUAAAAAGCGGAAGAGUAAGAAAAAGAAGAUGGGCAAGAAUGGUCUUUAUCCGGAGGAGGAAGAGUUCAUCCACAGGUGGUGGAAAGACAGAAUAUUGAACGGAUCUUCUGUGCAGGAAGCGUCGCGUGAAGCAGAGUCUAAGAAACAGAUUUCAGAUCUCCGACUGCGCGAGACACAAUUGCAGAUCCUGCUGCUUUUGGAGGUCAUGGGAUUGGAAAUGACUAUUGCUUCGGCAGAGAAAAAUAACACUAACAAGGAAAAAGAAGUAAAUGGGGAGCAAAAUACGCCCAAGAAAGCCAAGACUAAGAAGCCUACGGAUUUGAACGUGCUCCUUGAACUCCAUCUCGAUCGGAUGUGCAUUUGGCACGCUGUGACAAUGGAAGAAACAUCUGCCGCUGAUACAGCAAAGGCUUCUUCUUUCAGUAGCAGCCAUCUUUCGGGCAAGAAAGUUGAGAGUGAUGCGGUGCGUGACUUCUGCACGGAAGUCAUCAUUCCAUUCUAUGCUGCACGUCUCCCGGACAAAUGCAAGCUGAUCACCCGCAAAUUCGGCGUAUCUGGCGGUGUCUCCCCAGCUGGGAAGAAGACACAGUCCUCGAGUAAAUCACACCGCGUGGAACCCGGGGCCGAAGUCAAGCGACAACAGCCUGCACCUAAACCCCGCCGAACAUUGCAGCGAGUGCUUACGGACGAUAAAGCGGCAGCGUCUCAUGCUCGGCACCCGGGACUGACUCGGUCAAGCACUGCACCGACCCAACACAAUGCUAAACGUGAUACUGAGCCCUUGCUGCCCGCUGUCCUCAGUGGCAGUGUCCGGGGUGGAAUUCAGAAAGCAAAGCGUACGGAAAACCGCGAGGUUGAUCUAAACGCCGUAGCACGACAGCAUGAGGCCAAAUUGAGGAAGGUCCAAAUGCUGGCCAACCAGAAGAAAGAACUGGAUGCUGCUAUCAAUGCUCUUCGAAAGCCGAACAGAGAGCUCGUCUCCAAGGAUCUAGCAGACGAUGCGUCGAAACGGGUUACAAGCGGCGGGGGUAGUUCGAGAAAGUCAAGAAACCCUGUGCGCAAUCCAUUCGGCGAAGGUGUACAGGUCAUGGCGACCCCUCGAGGCAAUCGAAAGAAGGAUGUGGCGGCCAGGUUCCCCCCGCUCCCUCGGAGUCUAGUCCCAUCCCGGUCAUUCGCUGGUGUGGAAAAUUCUCCCUUCGGCGACUCUCUCGGCGAGUCUCCCAUGAUGAUCCCAUCCUCGAGUCGGCGGGCGAUCUCAUUCUCUGGCGCCGACUCCGACCCUUUCACUAGUGACCAUCCACAUGGUGGACGCAGUCCACGAUCAAGUCAGCCGGACGGGGCUAUCCAAGAAACUCCAACCAGGCCGUCUUCCAGAAUCUUCCAGAGCGAUACCAUAGCUGCCCGACGACCAUCAUCCUCCACUGGCAAGGGUCUGUUCAGGGUUCCCAACCUCCCAACCCCUCGCUCAUCCACACAGCCAAUGGUCCCAGGCUCCCCCAUCCAUUCAUGCCCUAAGAACAUUUCCACGUUCACAGAAACCUUGUCAACAUCAUCUCGACAAUUCGCCCAGUCUCUCAAUCACGCUCACACCUCGGCAAUCAUGGAAACACCACCCAAAAGACAUGCACCACAGAGUGUGUCUACUCCGACUGCUGUGCCAUUUUCUCUAUCGCUUGAUGCCAUGGUCACCGAUAGUCCCUGUGCUCAAUCUACGCCUAUUGUCAUGGGAACCCCCGUCAAAGGCGCCGCAGCUGUGCCUGUAACGCCUGAGAAAUCACAGUCCCGGUCGAUAUAUGAUCAGCUGGGCUGGAAUGAUGAGAUGGAGUUGUGA